GAGAUUCCAAACAGCGAGAGUCGUCGUUGAAAAAAUAAUUAUCUUUAGUUUUUAAUCUUUCAAUUAACAGUAGCGUAAUUAAUUUUGAAUAAAUACGUAGAAGUCCCAUUAGAGAAUGUCAACUCGUUGGUACCCCAUCUACCAACGGGGGAACCCACAAUUAAGGGUGUUCCUGCCAAAUUUUUGGAUGAAAUUAGUUCAUCCAACACCAAAGCAGCAACCAAAUAUAGUACACUUCCAAUGUUCUAUGGAAAUGACCAAACACGAUAUUAAGAACUACUUGACAAAGAUUUACAAUGUGCCCGUCGUCGAUGUGAGAACAAAGAUUGCUUUAGGAAGAUUUCGCAAAGAUCCCGGGAAAGGUUACAUUGUUAAAGAUGAUGAUAUUAAAUAUGCUAUGGUGACCAUGCCCAAAAAUAUGACAUUUGAGUUUCCAAACUUGUUUGAAAAAGAUCAAGACGAUAAGGCAGAGAACGAGAAGUCACUAGCUGAAGCUAAGAAAACAUAUAGAGCCUAUAUAGACCGCAAUAAGGACAGAAAAGAUGUUCCUAGUUGGUUCUCCAUUUAGUAUGUACAAAUGUAGUUGUUGGCUUUAGAGAACUGAAUGCCUUUGAAAACAUUUUUUGUAUUAAAAAGGCUGACUAGAUAAAUGUGGGCCUUACCAAAUUAUGGUAAAAUUAAAAAAAAAAUUAUUAAAAGACCUAUAACCAGCAAGUAGACUUAAUCUUCUUGUUGUUAGUAGGAGUUAUCUUCAAUUGCAAAUGGGCAAUCAACAGGACUAUUUACACUUUGAACACUGAUACUCAAAAACCAACUCUAUUCUAUAUGUAUAUGUAUAAAGGUCAUUGCUUGAAAUUAUUGAUCUUUUGCUUGUAUAUUUUGAAUGAUAUCAUUUGGCAUGGUUGUAUUGUACAAAAACUAAGUAGAUUAAAGAGCUACACCAUCUUAGAAGUUUACAAAUUGGUUGCCUAUUUUUGCCGUUAAUGUUGAAUUUUUUUAAGGAUUUGUUUGUAAUGAAAUACAUUUUGGUCUAUCUAUGGCAUGUCAUCAUUUUACAAGGCUUUUAAUAAACAACACGAUUAUAAAGAUUGUAUGAAAAAAUGUCAGACUCGCCUUCCCUCUCUAAAGCUGAUCUAAUUUAUUAUGUAUUUAGAAUACAUAAGAUUUCUUAUGUUGUUGAAUAGUGUAAAUUUGUUUUAACUUAUAAAUACUUAAAAUAAAAUAAAAUUCCGUCACUUUGGUUAAUUUUUAUUUAAAAAGAUAUUCAACAACAACCUUAA